CGAGCUUCCUAUUAAUGGCAAUGUUAUUUCGCUCCAUGUUCCCUAACGUUGGCCUUCAAGAGGACAAUAAAAGAAAAGUUUGGUUGAUCAUCCACAAAUUAGGGGUAGAUUUCUAUAAAUUGUUUUCCACAUUCAGUAAAAAAUUCAUUUUCGGAGAGGCUAUGUCGGAAGUCAUAAAUUUAUCAGACAACUACUAUUGAACCCAACGAAAUUUUUUGUUGUUGUUGCCUGUGUGAAGAAGAAUGUGUAAGAGUACAUAGAGAAUUGUGGGUUUUAUAAGAUUGUUGGGUAAUUGAUACCCAGUUCGUUGUUGUCGUGGUGGUGGUGAUUAUAGAGAGAAUGUGGUUUCCAAACCCUAAGGCUUCAGGGAUUAGAAAGGGAGGAGGAGGAAAUGGUCUCAUCGCUGUUGCUAUAGAUAAGGAUAAAGGAAGCCAACAAGCUCUCAAAUGGGCUGCUGAAAGUCUGCUUUCAAGAGGCCAAACUGUCAUUUUAAUCCACGUUUUGCACAAGACAUCAGCUCCUACUUCCAACGGAGGAUGUCAAUCAGUAAUAUAUAACGUGGGAAAUCUAUCUGCAUCACCACAAAGGCACCAACUUGAUAAAACUACCAAGGAUCUAUUUAAUACCUUCCAUUGCUUUUGUACUCGCAAAGAUAUGAAAUGCCUUGAUAUUCUACUUGAAGACACUGAUGUUGUGAAAGCAGUAAUAGAAUUUGUCUCUUCUGCUGCAAUUGAGAACUUGGUGCUUGGGGCAACUACAAGGCAUGGAUUCAUUAGAUUUAAGUCAUCAACUAUACCAAGUGGCAUAUCCAAAGGGGCACCAGAUUUCUGCACUGUGUAUGUCAUAUCUAAGGGAAAAAUAUCUUCUGUCCGAAAUGCUUCUCGCCCAGCUCCUCACGCCUCUCCUCUGCUUAGUAAAAUGCAGAAUCUAGAUAACCAAAAUGAGAGUCACACUGAGAUGCCCUCCAGACAUAUGCCUUUGCGAGACAAAACACCUACCAAACCUCACAGCUGGCAAGAUGAAUCCAUUAGGUCAGCAUAUGGAAGAGGAAGAGGAGGCUUGAGUGGAAGGUCAUGUGUAGACUAUGCAGAUACAGAAUCAGACAUAUCAUUUAUAAGCUCAGGCAGACCAAGCAGUGUUCGUCCAUCCUCUGUGUUCUAUGACUAUAUGGACGCUACCCCGCGUAUUUCAGUCGGCUCAGAUCGUAGUUUUGCAUCAACUCCUUUAGGCUACAGGCCUAUGGAUCCCACUUCACCAGAUGCAUCAUUUUCACAAGAUGGGGAUGGAACAUCAUUUUCAUAUUCAUCUCAGAACAUGGAAGAAGUAGAAACUGAUAUGAGAAGGUUGAAGCUUGAGUUGAAGCAAACAAUGGAUAUGUACAGUGUAGCAUGCAGAGAAGCACUUACGGCACAACAAAAGUUGAUGGAGUUGAACAACUGGAGACGCGAGGAAGAGAAGAAGCUAGAAGAGGCACGAUUGGCACAAGAAGCUGCAUUGGCAAUUGCAGAGAAAGAGAAAGCAAGGAGUAAGGCAGCCAUGGAAACAGCUGAAGCAGCCAAGAAAAUUGCUGCAGUGGAAUCUCAUAAAAGAGCAAGUGUUGAAAUGAAAGCACUGAGAGAAGCAGAAGGAAUUAGAAAACUAUUGGAUAACCUAACCCAAACCGAUGGAAGAUAUAGGAAAUAUAGUAUUGAGGAGAUUGAAGUAGCAACAGAAUAUUUUUCAGAGUCUAGAAAAAUUGGAGAAGGUGGGUAUGGCCCAGUGUUCAAAUGUUAUCUUGAUCAUACACCAGCAGCUGUGAAGGUUCUUCGACCAGAUGCUGCUCAAGGGAGGGCACAGUUUCAGCAAGAGGUUGACAUACUUAGCUGCAUACGCCAUCCCAACAUGGUACUUCUACUAGGAGCAUGUCCAGAAUACGGCAUACUAAUUUAUGAAUAUAUGGCUAAUGGAAGCCUAGAAGAUUGUCUAUUUCGCAAGAGAAAUCAUGAUCGUGUUUUGCCAUGGCAGUACAGGUUUCGAAUCGCGGCAGAAAUAGCCACAGGCCUAUUGUUUCUGCAUCAAACCAAGCCUGAACCUUUAGUACACCGUGAUUUAAAGCCUGCCAACAUAUUACUAGACCAUAAUUAUGUAAGUAAAGUAAGCGAUGUUGGAUUGGCCAGGUUGGUGCCUGCUGUUGCUGAGAAUGUAACGCAAUGUCGGAUGACUGCAGCAGCAGGGACAUUCUGUUACAUUGAUCCAGAGUAUCAACAAACAGGAAUGUUGGGAGUGAAGUCUGAUGUUUAUUCUCUUGGGAUUAUGCUUCUACAGCUUGUAACAGGCAAGCCUCCAAUGGGGUUGGCACACACUGUAGAAGAGGCUAUUGAGAAUGGUGCAUUUGAGGAUAUGCUUGACCCAUCUGUGCCUGAUUGGCCUAUUGAACAAGCCUUGUGCUUCACAAAGCUAGCACUUAAAUGCGCAGAGCUUAGACGAAAAGAUCGGCCAGACCUUGGCAAAGUCAUACUACCAGAGCUCAAUAAAUUGAGAGAGUUUGCUGAAGAACACCCUAGUGGCAUCUUUUUAGGUGGCAUUAGCAGUACUGGGCCCUCCCCUAACCACAGUCAAGCUUCCAUACAACAGGAUGUGAUGAGUGACCCACGGCUUGGCCAUUCUGGGAGCUCAAGAAGCCCAUCGACCCCAUCAUCACCCACAGAAACAGAAGGAUAGAAAGGGACAACAAAGUUGGUACAUCCCCUCAUAUAAAGGAAAAUUACAUAUAGGACGUUUCAUGUAAAAAAUUAAUUAUAUUGCAAGUCCUAUCCACUUGUAAAUACUGAAGUUUUACAUGUAAAUAUAAAAGUUUGACUUGUAAAUAGAUUGAAAAAUAAUUAAUUUUUUUAUUUGGGACUU